CGAUUGGGUGGGAGUGUUGGUGGGCACGCCCUCUUGUGAAUUCACGGCUGCGAUUGGCUGUUGCCUGGCGCGCUCUGCAUUCGAGAGUGCAUUCUCAGAUGGAUUUGAUCGUUCCUGAUUGGCUGAGAGCAACGGCGGUGAAGGCGGUGUCAUCUUGCUCAUCUUGCUUAGUAAUUGGCUGUUGCGCCUGUCCAUAAAGCGCGGGAUAGAUGGGUUAAGCCAAUCGCUACUCACUUAUGGGCGGGGCCUCUUGGAGAUUCGUGCGCUGAUUGGCUGUGGCGGAUUCUUCCGCCGGAAGCGGUGCCUAAGGAGAAGGAGAGUGACGGCGGGGCCGGAGCUGGUGGAGUUCUCGAGUCCUCUGCAACCAUGAACAUCCGGAACGCGCGGGCGGUGAAGCGCUCUCACCGGCGCCUGGGGCUGGCACAGAAGCUGAUGGACCAGGCGUCGCGGGCCAUGAUCGAGAACUUCAACGCCAAAUACGUUUCCCUUCACGUCCGCAAGAGCAACCGAGCAGCUCUGCAUCUCUACUCCAACACCCUCAACUUCCAGAUCAGUGAAGUGGAACCCAAAUAUUACGCUGAUGGCGAGGAUGCCUACGCCAUGAAGCGGGACCUCACGCAGAUGGCAGAUGAACUGCGCAAACAAGUGGAGCAGAAGGAGCGGGGCCGUCCCACAAACCUCAGCCCUGGGGAACCCACCCGGGGGGGUGAAAGCUGUGGAACUGGGGGUCCCCCCCAACCGGGUGCACCCCCCCCAGAGGACAGCGGGGCUGACAGUAAGGACGUGAGCGAGGUGAGCGAAGCCACCGAGAGCACUGACGUCAAGGACAGCUCCGAGGCCUCCGAUUCCGCCUCAUAGGGCCCCCCCAGACCUCGAGGGGGGGGAUGGGGGGACAUGGGGAUCCCCUACUUCCAUUUUCAAGGGGCUGUGGGGGCAAUAAAUCCCUCCUUUUCCAGA